CCCAACUAGGCUAUGUACCCUCUACCUGUUUCAAAUUUGAUCCUUUCUUCAGAAGCCCUUCCUUUUUUGGAUCGCUAGUUUUCCUCGCAGUGACGGCAGAAUCGGAAAUCGCAAUUGUAUGUGUUCUUACGAAACAUAGAUCGGGUCGCAGGUUUUCUAAUUCUUUAACAAUUAGUUCAUACGCUUAUCAAGAUGCAGAACGAGGAGGGUAAAAUCACAGGGCUAAAUGUUCCGCAACGAAUCGACAUUUGGCAUUUGGAUGAAAAUGGCAUCUACACCGGCCAGUUUUCCACUUUUGCUCUCUGUGGUUUCCUUCAGGCCCAGGGAGAUGGUGACAGUGCAGUGGAUCGGCUCUGGCAGAAGAAGAACUUGAAGUGCAUCAACAAUAGAAGAUUUAGAAGAUUGUGCUAUUCUGGUUCAUCCCUAUAUCAAAGUUUUCAAGGGUAAAGAUACAAAUUUCAACCCCCCUCGUAGUUAUAUAGUUUCUUCAAAUGCAAACUCAACUACUUCUGAGUCGGUACAUGGGCCAUGAAAAUGUAGCGGGUAUACUAAUUUGGACUAUUCAACUCAAACCGUGUUAGUUUUUUUUUUGUUGGGUCGAAUGUUUGGAAAACAAGAAAUUCUAAUAGUUUGUGUUGGUGACAACAGAAAACUGAAUUGAGAUUGAGAGGAGUGAUUUGAGUGAUGGGGAGGGAGGUCCUUUUAUAGGGGAUUCUCGGAAUUGGUUGAGAUUUUUGUGGAGAUUUUUGUAGAUGAUUUUGUGGA